AUGUCAGUAGUAGGUAUUGAUGUGGGUUUCCAAAAUUGUUACAUAGCUGUUGCCAGAAGCGGCGGUAUUGAAACCAUUGCCAAUGAAUACAGCGACAGAUGUACGCCGUAAGUAUACCAUUGAAAUCAAUAUAUAGAAUGUGAUUUGGUACACAAUGUUUGCGACUGGGGAUCCGCGCUGUAACCUACCCUACCCUGAUGGCGUAGAGAAAAAAAAGGCUCCAACAAUGGAUGUUUCUUGUGUUAUGAUGAAUAUCUUACAUUGGAUGACAUUACAUUGGAUUGUAUUUUUUCUUCCAUGUAAAUGCAUAGUUUAUGUAUAGGAAUAUUUUGGUUAUUACAACGUUAUAACGUCUACAUUCUCAGAAGUCUUUUUUGCAUAUUCAUUUACCUAAUGACCUCUCUUAGUAAUUGCAGCCGUCUACGUAGUGCUUGGAAUGUGGCCUUUUUAGUUUAAUCUUACACUUUUCUAUCAUAUUCUGUGAGACAUGAUUUUUAAGGCAUCGUCAUAGCCUAUGCCGAAAUUUGAACAAGUUGUUCAGAAUAAGAAUGUAUUGGACUAUAUCUCAUGUCAUAUAGUUGAUAUUUUUUUUGAAUAUCCUUGCAUUACUCUAUUUUUCAAAUAAGCUUUGUUGUGUUGUCUUUUUCUCUCAAAGCAGGCCCAUGCGAUGUCAGCAAACUGUAUCGUUCAUUUUAUUUCUUGCGAGCAUCAUUUGAAUUUGCUGGGACUUGACUGCUGUCAUAAAAUUCUUGCUCUCAGACUUAAGAGUACUGUAUGACAAAUUGCCAUAUGAUCUGAAAAAUUGAAACAAAGAUAAAUAUAGGCUAUAGAUGAGCUGCUUGUAGUGCCUACUGUAUGUAGCCUAUGUGAAUGUAAUGAUCAUUCACAAAUGUUAUUACAUUGGAAUAGGUGACUGUGAAUACAGUCGUGGUCAAACGUUUUGAGAAUGACACAAGUAUUGGUCUUCACAAAGUUCGCUGCUUCAGUGUUAUGAGAUAUUUUUGUCAGAUGUUACCAUGGUAUACUGAAGUAUAAUUACAAGCAUUCCAUAAGUGUCAAAGGCUUUUAUUGACAAUUACAUUACGUUUAUGCAAAGAGUCAAUAUUUGCAGUGUUGACCCUUCUUUUUCAAGACCUCUGCAAUCCGCCCUGGCAUGCUGUCAAUUAACUUCUGGGCCACAUCCUGACUGAUGGCAGCCCAUUCUUGCAUAAUUAAUGCUUGGAGUUUGUCAGAAUUUGUGGGGUUUUGUUUGUUGAGGAUCGACCACAAGUUCUCAAUGGGAUUAAGGUCUGUGGAGUUUCCUGGCCAUGGACCCAAAAUGUCGAUGUUUUGUUCCCCGAGCCACUUAGUUAUCACUUUUGCCUUAUGGCAAGGUGCUCCAUCAUGCUGGAAAAGGCAUUGGUCGUCACCAAACUGUUCUUGGAUGGUUGGGAGAAGUUGCUCUCGGAGGAUGUGUUGGUACCAUUCUUUAUUCAUGGCUGUGUUCUUAGGCAAAAUUGUGAGUGAACCCACUCCCUUGGCUGAGAAGCAACCCCACACAUGAAUGGUUUCAGGAUGCUUUACUGUUGGCAUGACACAGGACUGAUGGUAGCGCUCACCUUGUCUUCUCCGGACAAGCUUUUUUCCGGAUGCCCCAAACAAUCGGAAAGGGGAUUCAUCAGAGAAAAUUACUUUACCCCAGUCCUCAGCAGUCCAAUCCCUGUACCUUUUGCAGAAUAUCAGUCUGUCCCUGAUGUUUUUCCUGGAGAUAAGUGGCUUCCUCAAUGCCCUUCUUGACACCAGGCCAUCCUCCAAAAGUCUUUGCCUCACUGUGCGUGCAGAUGCACUCACACCUGCCUGCUGCCAUUCUUGAGCAAGCUCUGCACUGGUGGUGCCCCGAUCCCGCAGCUGAAUCAACUAUAGGAGACGGUCCUGGCGCUUGCUGGACUUUCUUGGGCUCCCUGAUGCCUUCUUCACAACAAUUGAACCUCUCUCCUUGAAGUUCUUGAUGAUCCGAUAAAUGGUUGAUUUAGGUGCAAUCUUACUAGCAGCAAUAUCCUUGCCUGUGAAGCCCUUUUUGUGCAAAGCAAUGAUGACGGCACGUGUUUCCUUGCAGGUAACCAUGGUUAACAGAGGAAGAACAAUGAUUUCAAGCACCACCCUCCCUUUAAAGCUUCCCGUCUGUUAAUCUAACUCAAUCAGCAUGACAGAGUGAUCUCCAUCCUUGUCCUCGUCAACACUCUCACCUGUGUUAACAAGAGAAUCACUGACAUGAUGGCAGCUGGUCCUUUUGUGGCAGGGCUGAAAUGCAGUGGAAAUGUUUUUUGGGGAUUAAGUUCAUUUUCAUGGCAAUGAGGGACUUUGCAAUUAAUUGCAAUUCAUCUGAUCACUCUUCAUGACAUUCUGGAGUAUAUGCAAAUUGCCAUCAUCAAAACUGAGGCAGCAGACUUUGUGAAAAUUAGUAUUUGUCUCAUUCACAACUCAUUUUCCAAAUAACUUAACAUCUGACAUCAGACCAACGGCAAGCAUCUUUUCCUAUGCAUAGCCCACAAUCACAUUGCCAAUUGGGAAUAACCUCAGACAUAACAUUGCAGUGUACAGCUCUCUUAAAAUGAAUUUAUGAUGAGGAGAAGGAGGAGGGGGAAGAUGGGGAGGUGGAGCAGUGAGAACUUCAAUGCCAGUUGAUGGAAUUGAGACUUUCAUUCAAGGAACCUGGAUCACUCUGUGUCAGCAAGACAAUGAGCUGAUGGAGGAAGUGAGUCAGUUAAAUGAGUUUAAAAAGUGAUAUUUUAAUUGUGGAUCUUCCUUACUUUUUGAAGGUGAACUGUUCUGUUUUACUGUCCUAAUUUGUAGUUUCUUCAUAGACUCCGUUGUGAAAUUCACUUAAUAAUCUGCAGAUUUUCAACCUCCGUUGUUCUAAACUGGCAUUCUUCUUUCUAUGUCAAUCCACCUUGUAGCCUACUAUUAACCAUUAGGCCUAUAUUUUCUUUUUAAUGUGUUUAUUUGUUUUGGUUCCCCAGGGCUUGGGUGUCUCUGGCCUCCAAAAACCGAACCAUUGGAAAUGCAGCCAAGGGUCAAGUAAAAUGAUCAAAUGAGAACAGUUUUUAUAAUGUAGUAUUAUUAUUGUGAAAAUGUAAUUUUGCAGAUCAAUCGUUUUUUGGAAAUGGUCAAAUUGGUCAGCAUCAAAUCCUAUGACUAAAAAAACAAUUUAUUUCAGAUUAUAACAAACUUCAAAAACACAGUCCAUGGCUUCAAGAAGUUCCAUGGCAGAGCGUUUGACGACCCAUAUGUCCAGGGGGAGAAACCCAAGUUGCCUUACAGCUUGCACAAGCUGGCCAGUGGCAACACUGGAAUCAAGGUAACACCAUUGUAGACUUUUCCACUGUGUUCCUUUUUCACUGCACUCCAUUUUGAAUGUGUUCCCUUUAGCUCCAUCACCCCAAGCUCCAUUGUCAUUAUGUAAAUUACCAUUGUUAUUUUGCUCAAUUGUUUGUAUUUUCCAAUGUGUUUGACCUCCAAACCAUCUUUUUUAAACAGCACUGACACCAUCAACCCUCCUCUGGUUUCAUCUGGUUUUGAUAUUGUCUAAAUAGUCUCAACUAAAACUGUGUCUCAUUCAUAGGUCCGUUACCUGGAUGAGGACAAAGUGUUCACAAUUGAGCAGGUAACAGCAAUGUUGCUGACCAAGCUGAAGGAAACUUCUGAGAGUGCCCUGAAGAAGCCAGUUGUGGACUGUGUGAUUUCUGUGAGUGACAACAAUAUAUAUACUGUAAUACACUGCAAAUGAAACGAGUCAACGUAAUAUCAAUAUGCUACACGUGAGUAUACCAUGAAAUUAGCCAUAGUAAUUUUUUCAUCCCAUUUCAAGUUUAUCAUUUUCUAACAAGAGUUUUGUUUCACAAGGUCCCAAGUUUUUUCACCGAUGCAGAGAGGAGCUCUGUGAUGGACUCCACCCAAAUUGCAGGGUUGAACUGUCUGCGUCUGAUCAAUGACACCACGGCAGGUCAGUGAUUCCCACAGAGUCAUUAAGGUCAUAUUCUGUGAUGGAUAUGACUAUAGGACAGGAGGUUGGUGGCACCUUAAUUGGGGAGGACAGGCUCGUGGUAAUAGCUGGAACGGAAUUAGUGGAAUGGUAUCAAAUACAUCAAAUGAUUUCCAUGUGUUUGAUGCCAUUCUGUUCCCUCCGUUCCAGCCAUUAUUUUGAGCCGUCUUCCCCUCAGCAGCCUCCACUGGUCAACACACAUAUUUUAUAGGCCUACUAAGAAUAUAAUGGAAUAUAACAGAAUGAAAUACAACAUGUAUUUUUUAUAGGUGAUUUGAAGGAGUCAGGCGCAGGAGGGUAAAUCACAGAAUACAGAGUUUAUUCCAUAGCACUGAGUUACGCUGGAUAGCGUCAAACAGUCCAGUGCGCAAAACAGGCGCACUGGAACAAAACAAGCACACAGGGAAAAUAUACCCCGGCAAUACAAAAUACACGUAGCUCAACCGAGCUACUCUCUCCUCACAAUAAACAAUCACCCACAAGGACAAGGGGGGCAGAGGGAACACUUGUAAAUGUACUAGUGAGGGGAUUUGAACCAGGUGUGUGUAAUAGACAAGAAAAAACGAAUGGAAUGAUGAGAUAUGGAGCGGCAGUGGCUAGAAGGCCAGUGAUGAUUAACGCCGAAGCCUGCCCGAACAAGGAGAGGAGGCAGCUUCGGAGGAAGUUGUGACACCAUGUGUUUGAUGCCAUUCCAUUUGCUCCGUUCCAGCCAUUAUUAUGAGCCGUCCUCCCCUCAGCAGCCUCCACUGGUCUAUAGAUUUAUUGGUGGUAGUUGUCUAAAUCCUUAAUGUGUAUUUAAUUGUUUCACAAAAAAUGUUUUAUUUCUACCAACAACUUUAGUUGUUUAGGGAAUAUCAUUAUCCCAAAAUAAGCUGGGGAUCCCUAGAGACAGCUGUUUUCAAGUCUUUGUUUUCUCACCUGUAAUCAGCAGGCACUGAUAUUCACAGAGUGUACUUGAAAAGGCCUAUAAACUGCACAAACAUAUCAUUGUAUAAAAAUAUAUAUAUUUUUGCAGUGAAAUGUGUUGUUUUACAGGGUUAACCGUAGUAGUACGGCGCCUCUGGAGCAAAUUAGGGUUAAGUGCCUUGCUCAAGGGCACAUUGCCAAAUUUUCCACCUUGACGGGUCGGGUAUUCAAACCAGCGACCUUUCGUUUACUGGCCGAACGCUCUAACCGCGCCUAUUAUGUUAUAUUAGGUUUAGGGGACCAAAAUGACUUGAUAACACAUACAUUACUUCUAGUCAUUUCCAUCCACUAAGAUGCUCUUAUUCAUAAUAUAAUAAUAAUAAUGCAGUGGUGUAGGGUUAUUCAUUAGAGCAUGGGUCCCCAAUUACAUUCAGUCGUGGGCCGAUUUUUACACUGCAAAUUGACUGCAAGAAUCCCCAAAAGAUAUAGUAAUAAUUUCAAACCUUGUUUACAUUGGGAUACGAUCACAUAUAAUAAUAAUAAUAAUAAUAAUAAUAAUAAUAAUAAUAAUAAUAAAAUGAAAACAUUUUGUUUGUAUAGCGCUUUUCAGUACGGUGUUCUCAAAGCUCUACAUAGGCAAAAAAUUAUAAUAAUGAUAGUAAAAUAAAAUUCAAUAAAAACAUCAUACAUUUAGAAUCAAGGGAGGAAAUAGCAAUAGUAGGCUAGGUGCUAAAAUUACUUAGCAGAUUAGGACUAUAAAAUAGACAGUCUGUAGAAAUGUGUUUCAAGACCCGUUUGAAAAGUUCAGAUUGAUGGAGCGGCUCUGAGAUGGUCAGGGAGAGCAUUCCAUAGAGGAGGGGCAAGGGAGUAGAAGGCUCGGUCCCCCAUAGUACGAAGACGUGUCUUGCGGACUCGAAGUAGUAUGCCUCUAUUUAUGCAUGGGAAUACUUGGGAAAAGAUUUCCUCAAUUAAAAUCACUUUGCGCUCAUUUCCUGGUGAUUGUACAAUCUUUUAUGUCCAAUAUUGUUUUGUUUUUUUACUAAGUUUGCCGCCUAUUGAGGAACCCUGCAUUAGAGUGUCUGUCUCAUAUUGUUGUUUCUAAAUGGCAGUGGCCCUGGCCUAUGGGAUCUACAAGCAGGACCUGCCCACCCCAGAGGAGAAGCCACGCAAUGUGGUGUUCGUGGACCUGGGACAUUCAUCAUUCCAGGUCGCCAUAUCAGCCUUCAACAAAGGCAAACUCAAGGUGGGUUCUUCUUCCUAAAGAAGCAGAAGCAGUCUAUCACUAUCUAUCACUAUUUAUCACCUGUCUUUUUCUUUAUCUCGCCCAUACAGUAUUUUACCCCUAAUUGUUUGGUCAAUUAACCAGGUACUGGCCACAGCUUUUGACCCCUACCUGGGUGGGCGUAACUUUGAUGAGGUACUUGUGGAGCACUUCUGCGAGGAGUUCAAGGCAAGGUACAAGCUGAAUGUGAGGGAGAACCCCAGGGCUAUUCUGCGGCUGUCUCAGGAAUGUGAGAAACUGAAGAAGUUGAUGAGCGCCAACUGCUCUGACCUUCCCAUUAACAUUGAGUGCUUCAUGAAUGACAUUGAUGUGACAACAAAGUGAUUGUCUGUUUGUCCUUGUUUGGGUGUGUGUUUGUUUAUGUAUGUGUGUAGUGUGCAAUUCUGUCCCCAGCAUUUAAGGUGCGUGAAUUCUCCAUUACUGAUGUGGUUCCCUUUCCCAUAACCCUACGCUGGAAGUCCCCCACAGAAGAUGGAGUCGGGUAAGGGCACAUACUCAGCUGGCUCUAUAGAAAGAAACAGUAAUUUGUGGGUACUGUGUUGUUUGUAAUAAGAUGAGCAGACAUUACAACACAGUGAUUGCCUUGACCUCAUCCAACACCACUGUCUGUUCUACAGAGAAUGUGAGGUGUACAGUAAGAACCAUGCAGCGCCCUUCUCCAAAGUCAUCACCUUCCACAAGAAGGAGCCCUUUGAUUUGGAAGCAUUCUACAGCCUCCCACAGGAGCUGCCUUACCCGGACAUCGGGAUA